UGGACUUUCUUCAGUCUAUCUGCAGCGGUUAAGGGAUUUGUACUCUAGAAUUUGAUAGUACGAGUAGGUAACGCGACAUCUCAGGCUUGAUGCUGACAACUUUCUCGAAGACGCUCGUUCUGUGGGUUCCAGUACUUAACUGAAAUUUAACAUUAGACUUAUUUCCUACGAACUGUUCUUGAGCUAACAAGGAUAAAGUGAAUUGGUUAUUAGUGGAAAUUCGAGCAUUUCCCAGUGAGGUGAAGUGUGGUUAGGGAACUUCAUCCAGGACGUGCUUGGAAGACUUUCGAUUCAGAGUUUAAUGUAGUCUUGGCUGUUACGCUUCAUUUGAAUAAUAACGGAAGAGGAUUUGCGGUUGACGGUUAUUAUCUUUGGAACAUAGAAUGGAACAGUAUUUUCUCGUGUUAAUUUUGGCGCUGAGUUUUCAUGCGUCCUUAGGCCAAAUCGGCGGAAUAACUUCAGUUACAACACGGGAAACUAACUCAUGCGAAGAUCGAGCCAGUCCUGGCUUGAUUUGUCAAAGUUGUCAGCUCUUGGCCACCUGUGUUCAAGUAAAUGACAAAUGGAUGACUGUUCCCGUGGAGACAUGUAAUGAAGAACUUGGCUUCUAUUGUAACCUCAAUGAAAGAGGUUGCUCUAACCUCACUGGUCCAUGUUAUCCAUUUGGAUUUGAAGGAAAUUUCGCUUGCACCACAGAGGGUGUCUUCCCUGAUCCCUAUGACUGUCAAAAAUAUCAUAUGUGCUACAAAGCAGGAUCAACUUUAGUUUCGGCUAACAUAAAUUGUGGUGGAGACCGCGCUUAUUCAGCCAGUACAGGAGAUUGCUCAGUAACCGUUUAUGACAAAAUAUGUACGGAGCAACAGUAUAUUUGUGAAAACGCAGGAGAUAGUGGAGCCUGGCCUGGGAAUAACAACAUAUUCUACAUCUGUAAAGCAACGAUGGAGAACGAUGCGAAGAUAUUAUAUCCAACAUUGUAUCGAUGCGCAUCAGGAGAAGUAUUCAAUGGAGCCCGGUGUGUACAAAAAGGAGGAACUGGAAGUGUGAGUCCUACUGUUAAGCCGGGAGGAUCAGGUGGGUCGAGCGGCUCAUCAUCAAGACCUACUAGUAUACCCGGUGAGUUUAUAUGUACGGAACGAGGACUACAAGCAGAUCCCUCCGACUGUCGCUCUUAUUACUUCUGUAGUUUGAACGGAACCGCAAGGCGUUUCACAUGUCCCUUGAAUUCCUAUUUCAACCUGAAUACCAAAUCCUGUGUCUUUGGGAGGUGCUAAAAGGGUUAUUUUUAAUAUUUUAAGAUCAGCUGUAUUUCGAGUUAAAUAAAAAAAUAUU